GACCUGGGGCUGUGGGUUGCAUAAAAGCUCAAAGGAACUCUGUCCUGCACAGUUGGGACCUACCACCUCCCUUACGUUCACGUGCUCCCCGUUGGCACGAUGCUCGCGAAGACCCUGGUACUCACAGCCUGGUUCGCCCUAGUUGUGGCUUACCCCGUAAUACACCAGGAAUUCAUUACUGACCUAGACUUGAUCACUGACCUUGAGUUGAUUAAUGAACUUGAUUUGAUUAAUGGCCUUGAGUUGACCGCUGAACUAGAGUCCACUGCUGACCCAGAGUUGGCCACCACAGAGUCCACCACCACCCCUGAGUCCACCGCCACCCCGGAGUCCCCCGCUGACCUGGAGUCCACCGCCACCCCGGAGUCCCCCGCUGCCCCGGAGUCCCCCGCCGCCCUGGAGUCCACCGCCGCCUUGGAGUCCCCCGCUGCCCUGGAGUCCACCGCCACCCCGGAGUUCCCCGCCGACCUGGAGUCCACCGCUGACCUGGUCUCCAUUAGUGACGUAGAAUCGACCACGGAUGUGCAUUUUGAGGACACACAAGCUUUCGAAUUAUCUACUGAGGUGGAAUCAAACACUCAAAGCCUUGAGGAAGCAACAACUAAAGCCAUGGAAGAUGUCGCUGCUGCUCAUUCAGAAGAGCCCAUGACUAGAAGACCAAACGAGUCGAGCACCUCUGUGGGAAGCAACGAGUCCAUCUCGUUACUUUUCUAAAAUGAAGCAGAUCUUCCAUUAGUUGUGAACAUCACUCUUCUCUAACAAGAAGAUUCGGAGCUUCUGAACAAGGCUUCCAUUCCAUUAGAGGAGACUGAAAGGACUAGUAAGACAUAAGAUGUACCAGCUGAGGAUAAACAGUGGGGCUGUCUCUUUACCAUGUCCCAUCUCAUAGGGGCUCAAUAAAUGUUUUUUGGAAUUGAA